AUGCAAAGAGUAACUACUACCCGACAAGCUUUCGAAGCUCGUUUAGAACUUGACAACUCUGGUGAUACAUCACUUGAACAAAUCAAAUUAGACAUUUUAAUUACAGAUGGUACGAACAAACUGAACACAACCGAUCGUUUUAGUGUUGGAAAACCAUUAUUUAGUGGUGCAUUGAUAAACGAUUCACAAGGAUAUGGCUCUUUAGAACCAUCGCAAUCAGGCAGUAUUACUUGGUUAAUUAUACCCUACGCAUCUGCGGCAUAUAAUCAAACAACUACUUACUGGAUAGGUGGUCAUUUUUCAUAUGUUAUUGAUGGACAACACAUUAACAUAAAGUUAAUACCUGAUAGUAUUGAAGUUGAACCUGAAGCUUUACUUGAUAUUGCCUAUUUUCUUGAGAAAUAUGUUACUGGACCUGAUCCUCUGUCAACAGAUUCGUUUGUUCAAGAACCGCAACCAUUUACUCUUGGCAUGAUUGUAACAAAUAGUGGAUUCGGACUGAUAAAACAUUUUCGUAUCGCAUCUUCUCAGCCUGAAAUUAUUGAAAAUGAAAAAGGUCUUCUAAUUAAUUUCCAAAUCGUUUCUAUGCAUAUCAAUAAUGAAAUAUCUACAAAUCCAUCGUUACAGGCAAAUAUUGGCGAUGUCAAACCGAAUUUGAGUGUAAACAUUCGUUGGACAAUGUUAGCAUCUCUUGCAGGAAAAUUUAUAAGUUUCAAUGCUUCAUUUACUGAAACAAAUCCAAAUGGUGAUUCAAAAUUAUCUCUUAUCAAUUCAUUCACUACACACACACUCAUUCGUCUUGUCUCAUUGAAUAUACUUAAUGAAAUUCUGAAUGAUGAUCUGAUUGAUUUUCUUGUUAUGGAAAAUGCCAAUGUACAAACAAUACCUGACACAGUAAUAAGUAGUACAAAUGCAACAUUAGCAUUUCCAGUCUAUCACAUUCUAAAUAUUAGUGUGAUAAUCAUCAACCAAUAUACCAUUAUUAUAUUGGCAACACCAACUAUCGUUGUUCCAAAUUCUGCAUAUGUAUAUAUACGUACAGAAAAUAUUUGGCCAAUGAGAACAAUUCGAUCGUCUCACCGACUUAUUCAAGACCAAGAUAUUCUAGUUAAUACAUGGACUACUCGUCGAGUUGUGCAUCUACUUGAUGGCGAUCGAUAUGAUGACUAUUUACAUAUAUUUGAUCGUUGGACAAAUCAGCAGUCUGUCCAAUAUGAAAUUACGUUCGAUACUGAUACAACGAUAUUUUCUACAAUGCUCACCGAAAUGACAGAGACUUCUACUUCAUCGCAGACUAUGUUGUCGACUACAUCGUCAUCAAAAAUGGAAAAUAUAUCGAGAACUACUGAUGAAAAUCACACGACAUAUUUUACCCAAUCACAGUCAACAGCAGUUCCUGUAAGUAUAACAUUUACCGAUACCAUCUCGUCAAAUCAUUCAACAUCCUCUUCAUAUAUUACAACGUCGACAGAAACAAAUGACUCAUCAACAUCAUUUACCAGUUCGCCAAUAUCCAUUCUCGAAACAUCUACAGUCUCAUCUAAUGAUACUACAGCGACUGUAUCUAUCGAAAAUACUUCAACAACAUCUGGUUUGAAUUAUUCGACCAUUUUUAAUGAAAAUGUUACAACAGACAACAAUUUAACGAGUACUUCGGUGGUAACUAUUUCAACUUAUCCUUCGUCGACAUAUCUUAAGAGUACAUUUUUGACAUCGAAUUUAUUGACAACAACAGUCGCGCA